CGCAUUUAUGUGCUAAAUGCCGACGCCACAUUCCGGAUUGGUUACAAGAUUGUCAAGACGUUCUUGAGCAAGAUGGACCAGGACAGGUUUUGCAUUCUUUCGCGAAAAGAAGCCAAAUGGAAGGCCUUCCUGGUGUCUGAAUUUGGCAAGGAAAAUUUGCAGGUGGACCUUGGCGGAACGGAUCCGUACGUCCACGCACCUUCGUCUUCGUCUGCUGCUCAGGUUUCCACCUCAAGCGAUCGAGCUAUCGAAAGAACGCACUCCGUAGAUAGCACCGACACGCUACCUGCUGAACCUGCUGAGCCUACUGACGAAUCCGGGAUGACGCUCAACCCGAUCGCGCUACAACAGUAUGCCGUGCAGCGUCGUGCGUCGUUGCUGGACAACCUCGAGCACAACUUGAACGUUUCGCGCACCCGCACCGACUCGCUCAUCAAAACGAUGGAGUCGGAUUUGCAAUCAUUGCGCAAUUCGUUUGAAAAGGGGCGACCAUCCGCCCUCAAGAGUGUGCCAGAGGCCAGUUAAACAGUUUCUUGUUUUUUUCUUUUCUUCGUUUUUUUGUUUUUGUUGUUUUCGAUCUUUGAUCUUUGAGUCCCGAUUUGUUUUAGCUUUCUUUGAAUAAGUCUUUUUUUUCUUUUG